ACGCGGAGCCGCGCUCGGGCGGGAGCGGCGUAGGGGGUCGGGGCUGGGGACUUCGGCUGCUCCGACGGAGCCGUGUCCCGAGCUUGGGAAGCCGCCGUCAGCUUCUGUCGGGACCACGCGAGCGUCGGCCGAGCUUGGGAAGCUCCUGCCCUGUCUCCGUUCGGCCUCGGUGGCCGCCGCUGCAGCAUGGUUUAUUGAAAGCCAUGUAACAGACCAAGAGCCUUGAAGUGACCCGGCGCAGAGGGUAACCCAGCAACGAGGGACACGGGUUUGAGGAAUUAACUUGCUGAAGUCCCGAGCUGGGUCUGGGAGCCUGGCUGAGUGUGUGAGUGGGCCUCAAGUCCUGGCUGCCAUGGGCUGCUGACGGGGGAAUUGGAAUGUGACCGGCCUGAGCUUGCUGCGGGAAGAAAUGGAUGAAGAGGAACUGGAGCAUCCGAACUCCUCCCUCGAAAAACGCUAUUUUCCCGAGUCCCUAGACUCCAGUGAUGGGGACGAGGAAGGGGUCCUGGCCUGCGAGGAUCUGGAGCUGAACCCUUUUGACGGCUUGCCGUAUUCAUCACGAUAUUAUAAACUGUUGAAAGAGAGAGAAGAACUUCCAAUAUGGAAAGAAAAGUACUCCUUCAUGGAGUGCCUGCUGCAAAACCAGGUUGUGGUCGUGUCAGGAGACACCAAGUGUGGCAAGAGCUCUCAGGUUCCUCAGUGGUGCGCUGAAUACUGCCUUUCCAUCCACUACCAGCACGGGGGCGUGAUAUGCACACAGGUCCACAAACAGACGGCGGUGCAGCUGGCCCUGCGGGUCGCCGACGAAAUGGAUGUUAAUAUCGGUCACGAAGUUGGCUAUGUAAUUCCGUUUGAAAACUGCUGCACCGGUGAAACGAUCCUGAGGUACUGUACUGACGAUAUGCUGCAGAGAGAAAUGAUGUCUAACCCUUUCCUGGGUAGCUACGGGGUCAUCAUCUUGGACGACAUCCAGGAGAGAAGCAUGGCGACCGAUGUGCUGCUUGGACUUCUUAAGAAUGUGUUGCUUGCAAGACCCGAACUGAAGCUCAUAAUUAACUGCUCGCCUCUCCUCCUCAGCAAACUCAGUUCCUACUACGGAAACGUGCCUCUAGUAGAAGUGAAAAGUAAGCACCCCGUGGAGGUUGUGUACCUCAGCGGGGCUGAGAAAGAUUCCUUCGAGUCAAUUUUGCGCCUUAUCUUUGAAAUCCACCGCUCAGGCGAGAAGGGCGAUGUCGUAGUUUUCCUGGCCUGUGAACAAGAUAUUGAAAAAACCUAUGAAAUUGUGUGUCAGGAAGGUUCCAACUUAAACCCAGACCUGGGCGAGCUGGUGGUCAUUCCUUUGUAUCCCAAGGAGAAAUGCAACCUGUUCAGGCCGGUGGAUGAAACUGAGAAAAGAUGCCAAGUAGACCAGAGAAGGGUGGUGCUGACCACCAGCUGUGGGGAAUCUCUGAUCUGGAGCCACACGGUCAAAUUUGUUAUCGACGUCGGUGUGGAGAGAAGACAGGUAUACAACCCCCGAAUCAGAGCCAACUCCCUCGUCCUGCAGCCCAUCAGCCAAAGCCAAGCGGAGACCCGCAAGCAGCUUCUUGGGUCUUCUCCCUCAGGAAAACUUUUCUGUCUGUACACUGAAGAAUUUGCCUCCAAAGACAUGAGGCCGCUUAAGCCAGCAGAAAUGCAGGAAGCCAACCUGACCAGCAUGGUGCUCUUCAUGAAGAGAGUAGACAUCGCGGGCUUGGGCCGCUGUGACUUCAUGAGUAGGCCAGCCCCAGAAAGCCUGAUGCAAGCACUGGAAGAUUUAGAUUACCUGGCAGCCCUGGACAAUGAUGGGAAUCUUUCCGAGUUUGGAAUCAUCAUGUCCGAGUUUCCUCUGGAUCCACAGCUCUCAAAGUCUAUCUUAGCAUCCUGUGAAUUUGACUGUGUAGAUGAAAUGUUAACCAUUGCCGCCAUGGUAACAGCUCCCAGUUGCUUCUUGCAUGUGCCUCAAGGUGCUGAGGAGGCUGCUGAGACUUGCUGGAAAACGUUCUUGCACCCUGAAGGUGAUCACUUUACGCUCAUCAAUGUCUACAGGGCCUACCAAGACACAGCUCUGAACUCUACCAAUGAGCACUGUGUGGAGACGUGGUGUCAUGAUUACUUCCUCAACUGUUCUGCUCUCAGGACGGCAGAUGUUAUCCGAGCAGAACUCUUAGAAAUUAUUAAACGGAUCGAGCUUCCCUAUACAGAGCCUGCCUUUGGCUCCAAGGAAAACAGUCUGAACAUCAAGAAAUCGCUGCUCUCUGGAUACUUUAUGCAGAUUGCUCGGGAUGUUGAUGGUUCAGGUAACUACUUAAUGCUCACACACAAGCAGGUUGCGCAGCUGCAUCCACUGUCAAGCUACUCCAUCACCAAGAAGAUGCCCGAGUGGGUCCUCUUCCAUCAGUUCAGCAUAGCCGAGAACAACUACAUCAGCGUCGCCUCAGCAGUCUCGCCCGGGCUGUUUAUGCAGCUGGUCCCACAGUACUACUUCAGCAACCUGCCUCCUAGUGAAAGCAAGGACAUCCUGCAGCAAGCCUCAAGCCACCUACCCACCACAGCUGUGAAGGACCAGGAUGGGUGUGAUAAGUGCCCUGAUGCUGCGGAGCAGAGAUGCUCGAUCCAGUGACCUCUCCAAGACAGAGUGCAAUAAGGACACCAGGGGAGGCUGGCAGUGGGCUGCUGGAGCCGGGACGGUCCUGGCCAGUACCACUUCAAAUGAUUUUAAAAUAAAAAAAUAGUUUUUAUUAAGUUCUUAAAAUUACUGUUCCAUCUUUUUCUUAUUGGAAGUUUUUAACCAAUCAUUCAUAAUUUGACCAGAACUUAAAAUAAAAAUGUAAAUGUGUCACAGACACAUGGAACAGAAGCCUACUUUUUGUAGAGGACUUGACUGAAUAAAAUAAUGAGUUUUUUCAGUA